AUUGUUCAGAAGAGUAACGGUGUGGAUAUCAGGUUGUGCAUUGACUACAAGCUGGUGAACAGCCUCACGAGGCUGAUGGUCUACCCUAUGCCCCUGAUCAGCGAUCUACUAGAAGAUCUGGACAAAGCACUAUGGUACUGCUCGCUAGACAUGGCCAGCGGUUUCUGGGUCGUGCCCAUGACGGAUCGGGCUCGCGAGAUCUCAGCAUUCAUUACUCCGUUUGGACUAUUCGAAUGGAGCCGCAUGCCUUUUGGCCUCAAGAACGCCCCACAGAUCUAUCAGCGCCUCGUAGACAACGCGCUGUACGGAUUUUUGAAGAUCUCGCGAUCAGGCGACGCUGGGGCCACAACGGAUGUGUUCCGGACCGGGAUCGCGGACGAUCCUGAUCGCGAGUCGGUGCUGGGUCGGAGAUCGUACAUCGACGACAUCAUGAUCGCAGCGGAAUCGUGGGACCAAAUGUGCCGAAGAGUGGAGGAUCUGUUGGAGGCUUGUGAUAAGUGGAAUUUGUCAAUCAGUGUAGCAAAGAGCUUUUGGGGCAUGGAUAAGGUAGGAUAUCUGGGACACCGAGUGUCGAUCGGAGUGGAGUUUGCAGAACUGGAGAAACGAUCAGACCUGAGGGAGAUCUUGGACCGGAAUGACCCCAUUCGUCGAGAUCAGGACCCAACGGAACUGAAGUUGACAGGGUCAGUGGACGAGAGGUGGAUCAGGGCACCUAGGGCCUUCAUCGCCCUGAAAACCAAGAUCGCGACGACCCCAGUCCUCCGCCAUUUGGACGAGACGAGAACGCCGGUGGUAAUCGUAUAUGCCAGUGAUUGGGCGAUAUCCGCUUCGUUGACGCAAGAACACGACGGGAUUUCCCAUCCGGUUGCGUUCGCCAGUCGCACCUUGAAGACGAACGAGUUGAACUACAAUGUGACGGAGAAGGAGGUGUUGGCGUUGCUGAGGAUCUUAGAUCUCUACUACAAUUUGCUAGAAGGACGCGAGAUCCGGGGCGAGGCAUUCUACGUUGGCCUGGCUGUUCAAGUCUACGGGAUCACGAGGUACACGAAGGGUGAAGAUGAGAUCCUGGGGGCGAUCGCACCCAGCACCACGCCGAGGGCGAAGAUCGACGAUGCUCUGACUGAGAUCGCUCCCCGGAAAGAACCAAAACGCCGGAUCCAACGCGGUGGGGGCGCGUUCAGCGCGAUUGUGUGGAGUCUUCCUGGAUGGGAGGUGGUCAAGGCCAUAUCAGGUUAUCUCGAGAGCCUCACCGUGAACGAAGCCGAGCAUAACGGCUUGAUCUUGAGGCUCGACAUGCUGGAGGGUUUAGAUCGCAGACGUCUGGUGAUCUGCGGGGAUUCUAACCUAGUGAUCCGACAAGUAUGGGGUGAGAUCGAUUGUAAGGCACCCGGACUGACGCUAUUGAAGCGGAAAGCAUCCCCUGAGGAAAUGGAAUGA